CACGAAUUGUGGUAUGGACGUGAAUCUGCGUGACUCUUACGGCAGAACGCCCCUACACGUUGCGGCGGAGACCGGAGCGCUGCGCGCCGCCGAGAAUUUGUUGAGCCGAACCACGUGUCUCGUCGACGCCCGGUGUCAUAUGCGUCGCGCCACGCCCUUGCUCAUUGCGUGCGCUACGAGAUGCAGUCCCGCUAUGGUGGAGCUGCUGCUACACAAAGGAGCGGAUCCGCGCGCAAAGAUGCCCUUCGUCUGGAACUGGCAUGCCGUGAAAAGAGUCCUGACCUAUGCGGCGAUGGUGAAGCGCCAAGAUCUUCUCGCCAGAGCUGAGAAAGAAGAAAUGGACGAGGAUGUGAAAGAGUGGCUGCUCGCGGAUUGGACGGAGAAGACGAAGGCAGUGUACGACUUCGCAGCCAGACUUCAUCCGACUGUACGCCGUAUUCGCAAAUUUUUAACAGAAGCUGGUCUUUCAUGCGGAGACUCAGUCGAUGACAUUGAAAGAGGACGCCGCGGAAGUUUGCCCCUCGUCGAUUGCCUGGAAAGCGCUCGUGUCGCUAUUCGUAUGCAGAACGCGGCUUUGUUGGAGCCGCUGAACAAUGGGCACGCAAACGUGAAUACACAGGACGAGGCGACGCAGUUUAUCUGCGCUUACCGAGAAGCACUCGAUGACGUGGAAGACGCCGUAAAAUGCUUUUCGUUAGUAGAGUCUACCCUCCAGAGCCACCCACGCUUAGCUCCGCCCAAGCCACCAAAGCCGGAAACGAAAAACACGACGUCCUCAGGUGGCGGAUUCUUUUGUUGCGCUUCGGGUAGGAGUAAACCAGCUCGCGCAGUGAAGGCACCCGCCCCGGCCGCACCACCUGAACCGAAGAACGAACUGGCUCAGCUGGUAAAGGCAAUAUAGAAAAAUCAAGCGACACCAGGACCCUUCCUUGUCCUCCUCUUCAUUUCAAAGCGUGCGCUCAUACGAGUUGUGAAGAGAACAUUUUAGAACAACAAGGUCACUCCCCAAGCAAUGGAGUGGAUGCGCCUUUCCUUGGGGUGUGAGCUAGUUGUGACUACAGCUUUUUCUUGGAAAGAUCAAGACAAGAAACCGCACUUUCCUACCAGACCAUAUUACCCCUUUAUUUCUUAUCCUUCCAACCAUAAUUCAUCGCACACACCUCGCUUGCGGUUGCGCCCGAAGUGGUUUGACAUUUCGGAGCAGAGACAUACCUGACCUUAUUUCUGUACACGUACGCCUGAAACGAUUGUGAUCAUUUUGGAAGGCUCAGAUAGGAUGACAUGUGAUGAAGAAGCGGCCCUCUAUGCCAGCAUACACCCCAC